AUGCCCCCCGUUUCUGCCUCCAAAGCAAAGCGCCAAGCUGAAAAGGCCGCCAAGCAGGCUGCCAAGGCCGAGAAGAGUGGCUCUUCGGCUGCCACCGAGUCCACCGACGCCACGACGGCCACGACUUCCACCAAGGCCACUUCUGCCGAUGAGGAGAGCGGUCCUAUUACCGAUAUGAAGAAGCUCGCUCUCGCCACGGAGCGUAACGCCUCCGGUGUCAUUGUCAGCGACAAGCAGAGCCGUGACAUUCACAUCGAGAGCUUCUCGAUGUCGUUCCACGGUCGUCUUCUGAUUGACAAUGCUGUUGUCCAGCUUAACUACGGUCAGCGUUACGGUCUCCUGGGUGAGAACGGCUCGGGUAAGACCACUUUCCUGGAGGCGCUGGCGAACCGCGACGUGGAGAUCCCUGAGCACAUUGACAUCUACCUCGUCCGUGGUGAGGCUGACCCGUCGAACGAGAACGCGCUUGACUACAUCAUCAAGUCGGCUCGUGAGAAGGUCGCCCGUCUCGAGAGGGAGAUUGAGGACAUGUCGGUUGCCGACGACAUUGACGAGGUCGCUCUCGAGCUCAAGUACGAGGAGCUCGAGGAGCUCGACCCCAGCACCUUCGAGGCCAAGGCCAGUGCCAUUCUUCACGGUCUCGGUUUCUCGCAGACGAUGAUGGCCAAGCCGACCCGUGACCUGUCGGGUGGCUGGCGUAUGCGUGUGUCGCUCGCCCGUGCCCUGUUCAUCAAGCCCCACCUUCUGCUGCUUGACGAGCCGACGAACCACUUGGACCUGGAGGCCGUCGUGUGGCUGGAGGCUUACCUGUCGACCUACAACCACAUUCUCGUCUUCACCUCGCACAGUGCCGACUUCAUGGACAACGUCUGCACCAACAUUCUGGACCUGACGCUCCUGAAGCAGUUCCUUACCUACGGUGGUAACUACUCCACCUACGUGCGCACUAAGUCGGACAACGAGGUGAACCAGAUGAAGGCGUACCACAAGCAGCAGGAGGAGAUUCAGCACAUCAAGAAGUUCAUUGCCAGCGCUGGUACUUACGCCAACCUGGUGAAGCAGGCCAAGUCCAAGCAGAAGAUCAUCGACAAGAUGGAGGCUGCUGGUCUCAUCGAGCCCGUGGUGCAGCCCAAGCCGCUGCGCUUCAACUUCGAGGACGUGCGCAAGCUCCCUCCCCCGAUCAUUGCCUUCAACGAUGUCGGUUUCAGCUACAGUGGCAAGAAGGAGGACUUCCUGUACCAGGACCUCAGCUUUGGUAUUGAUAUGGACAGCCGUGUGGCCAUUGUGGGUCAGAACGGUACCGGCAAGUCGACGCUGCUCAACCUGAUCACCGGCAUGCUGAUGCCCGUGGAGGGUAGUGUGCAGCGCCACGCUGGUCUUAAGCUCGGCAAGUACUCGCAGCACUCUGCCGACCAGCUGCCCUACGACAAGAGCCCGAUCGAGUACAUCGAGUCGAAGAACAAGGAGAAGUUCCCUGACAAGGAUGUCCAGUUCUGGCGUGGCCAGCUCGGCCGCUUCGGUCUCUCGGGUCAGCACCAGACCUCGGCGAUCCGUACGCUCUCGGACGGUCUGCGUAACCGUGUCGUGUUUGCCCAGCUUGCCAUGGAGAACCCUCAUAUCCUGCUGCUUGACGAGCCCACCAACCAUUUGGACAUGGGCUCGAUCGAUGCGCUUGCAUCGGCCAUCAAGGAGUUCGAGGGUGGUGUGGUGAUCGUCUCGCACGACUUCCGUCUCAUUUCGCAGGUCGCCGAGGAGCUCUGGGAGGUCAAGGACCGCAAGAUUGUCAACCUGUCUAAGCAGGACAUUGGCAUUGCGGACUACAAGAAGAUCCUCAUGAAGAACAGUGCGGAUGCGAUCGAGCGCGCCAAGAUGUCUGCCAAGACCUUGUAA